GGAAGAGCGCCGGGCUCAUAACCCGGAGGUCCCUGGAUCGAAACCAGGACAUGCUAUAUCUUCUUUUUUGUUUAUUUUUAUUGUACCCUUUCUAUUCUUGUGAUAUGGGCUGUUUGUGAAUGAUGAUUUAUACCUUUUUAUUAUGGAUUAUUGGUAUAUUUGGUGUUUUGUGCACUUUAUUCGUCUACUACAGAACACAUACCGACUCAAAUCCCAAUAUAAAAUGUAAGCAUAACGCUAAACUACCCUUCGUGGUACUGCUUGCUGUGAGUAAGUGUUUUGCUUUAAUGCUAUAUUAUGAGGAGGUGAAUGUUACACAGAGUAUAUCAUACUAUUAUAUUGAACUAAAAAUAAACGAUCAUACAUACCCUCGAGUCAUGCAUAGCUCAAAAGAAAAACCGGGUAUGACAUGUAUACUCAAAUACUGAGUCAGUCUGCUUCUGCAUCUACUGGUGAUUUUGUGAAGCAGCUUGUAACUAGGGGAAGGUCAUACAACAUCUAGUGAGUCGAAUGCUGAAUCCCAAGUCAAUACUAUGUGAAUUAAGGAUAUAGUUCGAAGCAAGAAGAAUUAGAUUGGUA